ACUGUAAUCCAUGCUUGCGAUUAGCAUGAGUUUCGUGGGUUUCUCAAAGUGUAUAGGUUAAUUAAUUUGUUGCUCAGACUUCCCGCGUUAUAUAUUAAUGUAAUGUUAACAGUAAAUUAAUUAUAUUAUGUGGUAUGAUAAGUGAGUAAAUAUGAGCAGUAGGAGGUGUGCAGCAAAAACUUGCUUCAAUACCCAAGGAUGUCGUCCUAACCUUAAAUUUUUUAAUUUCCCGAAAGAGGAACAGCUAUGUUAUCAGUGGGCCAUAAAUAGUGAUAGAGAAGAUCUACUGGACAAGCCAGUUGAACAGUUAAGCAAGUUUUUGUUAUGUGCCGAUCAUUUUGAACCACACUGGUUCCUGAAUCCCAAAUAUAAGACAGCUUUUAUCCAUAAAGGGCAACCUGUGCCUACAAUCUUCCAUAAUAAUUUAGCAGAUUUUGUUCCAAAGAGCUUAAAGAGAAGUUUUGCACUGAAGAAUGAAAGUCAUCAUUCAGAUAAAGGAGAUGACCUGUACCAUAAUAUGAAUGUUGUUAAUAAUGCCAUGCAGAACUCGGUACACCAGAGUUCAGAAGAAUUACUAGAGAUUCUGAGAGAUGGUGAUGCAUCUGAUGGUUCACAGUUCCACCUGGUGAUAUCAGAUGCUCAGACAGAUCCAGACGACUAUGCUGUGGAGAUAAAAAUUGAUUUAGACUCUUAUGCUGAGGAUGCAUCUACUAUAAGAGGCUGUCACAAAAUGUGCAGGCUUUGUGCACAUCUGGUUUAUGAAUACAAAUUAAUUUCAGUUUUUUCAUCAGACAAAACAAAAUGUUUGGCUAGUAAAAUGAACAGAUUUCUACCAGAAAAAGUCCUGGAAGGAGAUGGAUUGCCUGAACAUGUAUGUAAUUCAUGUGUGAACAAAUUGAAUGAAUGUGACGUCAUGAUCGAGACUUUCAUAGCAGCUGACAAAAAGUUAAGAAGAUUGUUCCAAAUGCAGAAUGUCAUGCCAGCCAAAACAGAUGAAGCAACAGAUAAGGAUGAUGCAAGAAAUCCAAAAUCACUCUCAGUUAUAGUAGAAAACUCUGGGAAACCAACUUGUCUUGAGGAGUUUCUUGCAACAAAAGAUAGUUCACCAGUGGAUUCUUUCCUAGAAAGAGAGUAUCCAAGUCAGAAAUGUGACAAGGAGGUCAUAAUUAAGAAUCCAUCAUACCAUAUUCAAGAUAAAAUUUCAAAGACUGUUGAAACAGGAGAUGAAGAUACUGAACACGAGUCAGCUGAACUGUUACCAGAGGACACAAGAGAAAUGACUAUACGAGAAUUAGAAGAAUCAUAUGAGUCAUGUAAUCCUGGUAACACUGAAACAUGUGCAGUGGAAGUGAAAGUUGAACCUUGGUCUGUUGGUACUGAAGAUUCAAAUGGCUGUACAGAUCCAGUUGAUACAUCACAGGACCUGAAGGUAUAUCAGUGUUCUGUCUGUAAAACAGAAUACAAUGAACGACAUAAGUUGCUUUUCCAUGAAAUUACAGAACACAGUUUUGAAGAAAAAGAGGAAAAAGGAAUGCCUGUACUACAGAAGAAAUACAAACGAGAACAGAUUGCCUGUCAUAUGUGUGGGCAGGUCUUCAGUGGGAAGAAACCACUGAAACAACAUGUAAGAGAACAGCAUAUCCCAUUAGAAAAUAUCUGCGAGUUUUGUGGUGCAUGCUACCAAAACAUAAGUCAGUUGGAGGUUCAUCAAAGACUUCACACUAAUGAAAAACCAUUUAAAUGUGAAACAUGCAGCAUUAGCUUUCACUUUAAGAAAGAAUUGCAGCGACACAAGAGUAGUAAUCACAAGCAGAUUAAGUCCCUUACAUGUGCCGUUUGCAAUAAAACCUGUCCAAAUAGAAAUGCAAUGUGGAGGCAUGAAAAGAUACAUACAGAUGACAGGAAUGUCUUAUGUUAUUUGUGUGGAAAGGUGCUGUCAAACCCUCAGAGCAUGAGAGUGCACUUGAGAACCCAUUCUAAUGACAGACCAUGCUCAUGUCCCACUUGUGGGAAGAGCUUCAAGGACAAUACAUCUGUUAGUAAACAUAUGUUGAUGCAUUCCACAUCAAAGAAUUUUGCUUGUGAUAUCUGUGGUAGAGCAUUUUAUAGCAAAGCCCUGGUAAAACAGCACAAGCUCAGCCAUUCCGGUGUUAAGCCUCACAAAUGUGAGACAUGUGGCACAGCAUACAAUAGGUUAGGAAAUCUGAAUCAGCAUAGAAAGAAGCAUGCUGCAAAUCCUCAUCCCAUGGAGGAUCUGUCCCAUGAAUGUGUCGUGUGUGGUAAGAGAAUGCGGUCAGAGUUGACACUCAAGUACCAUCUGGCAAAACAUACUGGAGAAAAGAAACCAUUUGAUUGUGAGGCUUGUGGUAAACGUUUUGUUGCUGUAGAUCCAUACCGAGUACAUAUGCGAAUGCACACUGGAGAGCGUCCUUAUCAGUGUACCACAUGUGGUAAAACAUUCCGUAGCGCCUUUACACUGAAACAGCAUGCUGCCCUUCACAGAGAUGAGUAUCCUUAUGCUUGUCCCUUUUGCGAACGCAAGUUUAAAAGACUUCAGUCGCUGAUUGUACAUAAGCGGACACAUACGGGUGAGAAGCCACACCGAUGUCCAUUGUGUGGACGUGGUUUUGCUCAGAAGGGAGAUAUGUUAAAACACACUAAAACACACAACAGAGACAGGCCUGCAACCGCCAAUAAAGUAAAAGAGGAAAGAAUUGUUAUGGAAAUAGAACAGAUACCAGAAUUGGCACUCAGUGAUUCAGAGAUAACUAGUGAGUUCCUCAUUGAUAUGCCAAUAGUUGAAGUGGAAACUGAAAUUAAUUCAGAAAUGCAGACAGAAAUUAAUGCAGAAAUGCCAUGAUUCAUAACAAUUUCAUGACCCUUUGAUACCUAAUUUGUAAGACAAUUCUACAUCUGUCCAAUGCACUGGCACGAGAGUGUAGAUAUUCUGGUAGGACUAUGCAUAAAGUGUAUAUAAUACUGAUAGGGUCAGUUUAUAUAUUCAUGUAUAUAAUUUCCCUUUAUUUUCUUUUGUCAAGUAACAAUAAUUAAAGGGGAUAUGAAUUUCAAUGUACGUGUGUGAAGGCAAUGUUUGUAAUAUUCUGUCAUUAAAAAAUAUUCGUAGAUUAGGUUACAGUCAUUGUUGAACUCUACCCAUCGGAUGACACCGGACAUAAGAACUAUAAAGUCUCCAGGCAGACUGGAGGAAAUGGCUCCCCUCCCCUCUCCAAAGGAACUUCCUCUUUACUAAACAGUUUUGUCAGCUUGUCUAUGGAUGGUCUGUGCUUAGAAUCAGAGCCAAAUGAGUAGCACACCACUUUCCAUAUAUGUAUAAUUCCUCACAUUUCAUUCCAGUUAAAUUUAUUUUUUUACUUAUACAGUAGAGGCAAAAUAAUUCCACUCAUGAGAAAGACAGUUGGUUUUGGAGGUUGAAGUAAGGGCAUUUUCUCUUUUGUUGAAAGCACUGAAGACACAGGCCAUGAAUCUACAUGGUAUAGUCAAAAACUUCAUGAAAGUUUUCAACAGCCGCAAAAUACAAUACUCUUUUUCAUGUCUGAGCAUGCACAGAUCUGAAGGCAGAGAUUUGUUCUGACUUGCAGACUCUGUACAGAGAGUGUGAAAGGUGCUAGAAUCUGUUCAGUUUGGCAAAUUUUGUUAUUUCUAGAACACAAAACACCAGGAUUUGCAAUUCAAAGAGCAGCUAUUGAUAUAUGACUGGGCAGGCUUCUUACAAACUUACCACAUGAUCAGGGAACAUUGUGGGAACAAGGUCUUGGUGUGGCUGUAGUGUAUAAGCUGCAACAAACUGCUGUUUCCUCCUAUUCUACAUGUAUUAGGUUAAGGAACCUGUUACAUCUUGAAGUGAUAUUUUCUUCUUUCCCUUGGCUGUCCCAGUCUUCUUCUUCCAAGGGGGUUUGUAUUUGGUUACUGUUUUCAUAAUUCUAUUGUCCUACACCCUAUAUGUGCAAGCCAUUCCUUUUUCUCAUCUUUCACCAUUUAAUUUUAAUAUUUAAUGUUCAGUUGAAUUCUAAUGUCAUUCAUUAUCUUCUUAGAUUGAAUUCAGCUGCUUUUAAUGAACAUUUUCUCCCCCUUAUUUUUUAUUCUUUUUUUACAUAUGUGUAUAAUCCCACAGAUAUGGUUACAUCUUGAAUAUUGUUUUUGAUGUUUGUCAUAAAUCUUGAGAAGCUAUUCACUAUAAACACCCUCAUACUUGUCUGUUCCACCACAACAGUGCACCAGUUCAUCAGUCCCUUUGGUAUAGGAAUCUCUGACAAUUCUUCCAGUCUUCUCAUUCUACAGAUGCAGCCUCUGCUAGUUACUGUCUGUCCAAAAACAAAAGCUCUCGAGAUGCAGGUUUCAGAGAGGUAAUAACUGAACCACUUUAGGAAGAGGCUUGUAGGAAUGCUUCCUUUAGUGAUGUGGCCACUACCAUGUGACAGUGGGGGGGGGGAUAUUUUGAACGAAGUAUGCAGUAAAGCUUGCUGUGAUGACAUGCAAGCUCACAUGAGCAAAAGUUCACAAACUUUUGACUCUACCAUAUAUAUUACACCAGAACCAUUCAUUCUGUCUAAAAAUGUAAUAAUCUUAUAACAGUUUCACAAAGUCAAAAACUUAUGUACCAUUAUAAAUCGUUUUUAAUUCUUAAAGUGUCAAAAAUUACACACCCGAGAAUCUGAUAAACACAUCAUCAAUAAAUCAUAUGGACACUCUGUCCUCUGUAAUGGUGUUAGGUUUUCAAAGAAAAGAAUCCUGAAGCCAUGGCGUCAUAUAAUAGCAUGCACUUUGGUUAUUAAUAUGUUCAUAUUUACAACAUACAUGGAGCACAGUCAAGCCAUUAAAAAUAAAUAUUGAAGACACUUUGAAACUGAUGGGUAAACAUGUUUGUAACAAAUAUUUAAAACGUGGAAAGCUACUGAUAUUUGCUGCUGAAAUAUUAACACUGUUUCUUAGUGACAUUUUUUAUGCACAUAUGUUCUCAAGAACAGUACCAUGGCCACCAUUUCAAAAAUAGUCAUUUCACUGUGCUGAUAGGAUGAUGGUACCUGAAAUUCUCAUUUAAUAUAGAUGCAGUUAGCAAGGGGUCUCAUAUGUUGAUCCUUUAUAUGAAGUUUACUUUUCUCAGAAUUUUAUAAAUAUAUGCUUCUUCCACCACUCAUCCCUCCCCCAAACAAUAUAACCUGAAAGACAAAAACAUUCCUUAUUAUUGCAAGCUGAAAAUUCAGGACAAAGUGCAUUUUUGAGAGAUUUUUAUGUAAUAAGUUGAACUCUGGUUCCUUCAGCAAAUAAAUUUUUAAAAGAGCUACUGCAUGCCAGUGCUGUACACCACAAUCAAAACACAUAUUGAAACUACAUUAUAUAUAACUGUUGUUUUAAAACUAGACACAUGAUUCGCUUCUGAUAUUGGUAAUUUGUAUAUUUGGUCAUGAAGUACUUUACCAUACUGAAGUCAUGAAUUUUGUUCCUAAUUUGAACUGCAAAUAUAAAUGGUUUGUUGGAAGUGUUGCCAUUGUUUUCAAUAUUAUGACCAUACUCCUUGUUUUGUGAGGGGAGACAAAAGUUCAUGGCACCAUCAUGUUUAAGAAUUUGCCUCCCCCCUGUAAUGUUCGAACCAGUGACAGAUUUUUAUUAAACUUAGUAUGAAAUAUGCACAACUGGGGACAACCUGACAUUUCUACUUUUCAGUUUCCUACUAUCAUUAGACCAACCUCAUGCCUGAGUGAACUUCUGAAUGGAACCACCACUUGAUAAUAGGGUCCUGAAGUAUUUUGUAGUAAUAGAUGUUGAUACAGAAUGUACAUGUUCCAUUAAAGCAUGUUUCGGAACAUGUUAAACAUGGUAACUGUAAAAUCUGCAUUUAACUUUCCAUUUGAUGGCCAUAUUACAUUUUUGGAGCUAUGUACAUGAACUGUGUAUGGAGUCGGGUCAUUAACAUAUAUAAAAAUAUGUAUGGUGCAUUUUGUUGUAUGUUAGUAACUGGAAACAUGGCAGAGGCAUAAAAUUUUUGAGGUUAUAUCUGAGAAAAUUCACAGUCAAAAUGUUUACUGGUGGAAAUUAUGCAUAGAAAUGUAUUACUGUAUCGUAUCCUUAUUAAUUUAUAAUUCCUCAGUUCUCACUGAAAGGAAAGUAAGACAGAGUUUUUUUUUCCAGAAAUUGUUUGUUGUGGUGUUCCAUUCCUUAUUCCAGGAACUCGUUUUUAAUGCAGUUGUGUGCUAAAAAUAUAAAUCAAGGCACCAAAACAUGUAUGAGGAAUAUAUUAAAUGCCAAAUUAAUAUUGGAGGAUAUUUUCGAGUUUUUAUUUAGUGCCUUACAGCCAGUGAUUUGUAUGCAAAAGUUUGGAAUAUUUUUUCCUUCAUUAAUUAUAUAAGUAACAAAAUAAAACUGCACUGUUAGACUAGAGGUCUGGUGUUGUCUUAAUGGAUAUAUGGUAGAUGUCCCCAACCCACAAGUUUACAGAUUUUUAAUUUGUCAGAUUCUCCUGUGUAUAUAUAAUUUAUAAUUGCAAAUACGACAUCAGUUCUUAAAGUCAUAAUUACACAUUUAUUUCUCGACAUAUGGCAUAACUACAUGUAUUUUGGUAUAUAUAUGUAAAUAGUUCUAGAAUACAGUCAGUACAGAAAGUCUAGUUAUGUAUAGUAUCACUAUUUUACAGCUUUUCAAAUAUAAAUCCUAAUCCUGGGAAGUCCAGUCUAUCCUGAAAAACAAAUUCACUGCCACUUCUUUUUUCUUUCUUUCUUUUCUUUGUAAGGGUAACAGUGGGUUUUCAGCUUGAAGUAAUUCUCUUUAAAUUCUCUAAAAUAUGAAAACUCUGCAGUUUUAAUAACAAGCAUCCAUGAUGUGACAUUUUAUUGAAGAAUUGUGAAUGAUUAAAAAACUUCCAAAAUUUGGUAAUAGGUAUAAGCAGAAUGAAUCAAUGAAAUAUUCAUAUUUUUAAAUAGUAUUUUAUUUGUUCACAUUAUUAGCCAUAUAUCUGAUAAUACGUGACGGGUCUUUGGCAGCUGUGUCUGGGCACUGCCUCUCUGCUAAGAAGUGAAUUAUUGGAACUGCAGCUUUACAGAACCACUGUUAUACAGUACACACUUUCUGGUCACAUAUGCGUAAGUGAUAUCCUUCAGUCAGUCCUUGGCAGGCUUGAUUCCAAGUUAACAUUUUUACUUUCUCAUAUACAUGGUGCAUGUGAGAAAGUGUUGUGAUAAUGAAAAAACUGAUGUUGAGUUUUGAUGAAUUUACAUGUUUCAGCCCCCCCCCCCAAAAA